GCGAGUGUGGUGUGCGCAGAACGUUCGCUUGUUCAGAGCCACCUUGAAACGGUUCGAAUUACGUCAGUCUGGCUCAGCUGCCGCGUUGCCGCGACCGAAACCAAAACAAACGAAGACGCCGUUCCAUUUUUAAUACGCGACAAAAUACGAAACAAUCAUUACCUACUUAGAUCUAUAGGUAUUAUACAUAUAUGUGUACAAAUCGGCUAAAUGUCAGUGAACUCUGUUGUGAAGUGUAUUGAAGUAGAAGCCGGUUGCUCUCACCGCUGUGUAUAACGUUAUUUCCGGAUUAAAUCCAACUCCGAGUAAACUGGCGGUGUUUACGUCAUUUUCUUCCAGGCCAUAUUAUGACUCGAUUGUUUUUGUGAUUCACUGUGUAUAUCGAUGACGGUGGAUAUCUGCAUAUUAUUUUAGGCUGCGUAACAGGCAGGUCGCUUUUAGUUUUAUUUGAGAAAAUACUUAAUCAUAAAUAUUAAAUCUAAAUUUGAUCAGUGUAAUUCCUCACCAUGGAUGAAGAAUCAAUGUGGAAAGGUUUUUACGACAAAUUACAGCAACAAAAAUCUAUAGAAGAACAAGUGCAUGAUUACAAAAUACAAGAAGUAGACGAUAGUUUCUUCGAAAAGUUUGGUUCUAUUCUAAAGCAAGCUUCUCAAAAGGCCGCUUUAGAGGAAUCGACACCUUUAGCACCUCUGAAGGAGGCUGAAGAACAAGAUGGGGAGCAAAAAGUUGAACAGGAUUCUAAGAGUAUUUUAAGGGAUUCUGAUAGUGGCAAUGAAACCCUGCUGGACACUGAUUCUGAACCAGAGGAACAUGAUAAAAUAGAUCGCUAUGUCGAGGCUGUCGGCUGGAACGUCGAUGAACUUUAUUUGGAAGUACUUUACGAGAUCCUGCACAAUGUCGGGGGAUGUGACGUAGGGUGCGAAGUCGGACAGCUUGCUAUGCUGUCCUACAUACAAGAAGCCUUUAAAAUAGCUAAUGACAAACACACAGAACUGCUAACACAAGCUGAAGCGAAGGAACCACCGGAGUUGAUGCUCAAUGUGGAAGUGGUUGAAGCCAAAGACUUGGUUCCUAAAGACCCGAAUGGUCUAAGUGAUCCUUUCGUCACAAUAUAUUUGAUGUCAAACCCGUCACAUAGGUACAACACCUCAGUCAAGUCGGGAACUCUCAACCCAUCAUGGGAGGAACAUUUUUCUUUGCCAAUGCCAGGAAGUGUGCAAGAAGAUUCCCUUGUGUUGGAAGUGUGGGACUUUGACCCCGCGGAGACUGUGAAGGAGAAAAUGACAAAGAUAUUUGAAGUUAAAGGGGUGAAGGGACUCAGGAAGCUUAUGAAGGAGAUAGCUAUCACUGCUUCUACUGGGAAGCAUGAUAAUGAACUGAUUGGUACAUCCAAUAUUCCACUCAAAUCAAUUCCCGCCGGAGGGAUGAACAUGUGGUACAGUCUUAGCAAGAAGAGCAAGCUAAGACGACAGGGCGUUGUCAAAGUACGGCUCAACUUUUCUUCAGAGAAGAAUUCUCAAGUAGCAGCUCAAGAACACAGGCACCUCCUAAGGAUUAUACUCCUACAUGAGCUCGAAAACUCAAAGGUGGCACCCUACUGGUGGUGCGGCAACUACAGCGCAGCUGCGGAAGCUAUCUUGACACAGCACGUGGCGCAGAGCGGCCUCAGCGCGACCGACAACUGUCUGGCGCAGUGGGCAGUCUACUGCGCCGUCACCACCGACCAUCCGCUCAGCUUCGCACUCUUCAACAUCUUGCUCGAUAAAAUCACCAAGCCCUUACAAUCGGGUCUAAUUAAUGAAGAGGACGUCAAGCUGUUCUGGGAUGGCGCGCGGAAACUUCUCCCAACAUGCUACAGUCACAUUAGGAAACUAAGGAAGAAGACUGCUGGCGACAAAACAGUCAUGAAGACGCUCAAAGAAGUCCUCAAAAUUCUAUACAAGUUGUCUGUGUUGGAUGCUCCGGAGAGUUUGGAUUUGUUCCCAGUGAAUCUGUAUGGAUGGCUGCGGGAUGAUAAGGAAAAGCUAACGAUUCACAUGGUGCUGGAGCAGGCUGUGAUACAGGGUGCUUCGGAUUGGUUCGUCCACAUAUUGGACAACAACGAGUGCAAGGACAACACGGAGGACACGAGGCUACAACAUCUGAUCAGAGUCAUUCAGUUAGUUCGAUCAGAUCUGCAGCGAGCCGUCGAGUAUUACGACAGAGUGUUUGUUGAAGUUAUGGGCUUCCCAUAUUCUAAGGCUUUGUACGGGUUGUAUGAAAGCAAGUUGGCGUCGUUGGUGGAGUCCGAGGUGGUGGAUGUUUGUAAGAGUUUGAAGAGGUUGCGAUACAGCGAGGGGUCAACCACCACUCUGGCUGGAGGCAUCAAUGGAGAGACCGGACUAGGGGCCUCCGCUGUCGGCUCAGAACCACUGACUAUGGGAACUACUUUGUUUGAGCUGUACCUCACUCUGCAAAGGUUUUUAACAUUGGGCCAAGGGCUGAACGAGACUGACUGGCAAUCAUACGCCAUAUCAAAAUUCCACGCGUGGUUCUUUGGGGGCGUCGCCCAAUGGUUGGACAUCGCCGCAUACAAGGCACUCACGCGCAUCGAGAAGGCCGUGGACCUUGAUACUUUGGCCCCAGUAGACACAAACGUCAAGUACAGUAGCUCCGGAGUCGAUACCCUGGCGAUAUUCUACCAGAUCAAGAUAUUCUGGCAACAACUCGCAUGGCCCGAUGUCGAAGGCUGCUACACAUUUGUAGCCAAAAUUAUUGAUGACAUCUGCCGCUGUUGCGUAUUCUAUUCGGACAAGAUGGCGAGUCGUGUGGACAACGUGGGACUAGUGACCAAUGUGUUCGAGGAGCGGUUCGAAGUGACCACAGACUGGUGCGUCGCCAUCAACAACAUCGACUACGUGCGCCAGAGUCUCACGCCCUUCGUCCACGAGCUCGGUAUGGAGGAAAUCAUACAGAAGAUGUGUGAAGCUCGGUCUCCUGUGGAAGCACAGAGAUGUAAGGAGACACUGCAGAACGUCAUCGCAAAUGCAAUAGAUACUGUAAGAAAUAAAAUUGUAGACCUUUUGGAAAUCAUGGUUAGAAAGAUGAUGCCAUCCAUCACACGUUUCUUGAUGGAAGGAGCGGAACUCCUGCAUCAAGACUGUUCGAGCAUGGACCGCGUUAUGCGCUAUUUAGAAGCAAACUUGGACACUUUGUACCAACACUUGAACAACGAAAACUUCUCCAGGACACUGGAGAUUGUAUGGGAACAAUUGGGUGAAGUGCUUUACGAACUCAUUCAAGCUAAUUUGGAGCACCGAAGGGCAAAGAUAACUCGGUAUAUCGACCCGCGACGCUUGAGCAAAUCGGCAGCCGCCAGCCUCGACGCGAAACGCCGCCCGCCCUCUUUCUUCUCGAAUCUUCACGAAUGUCUCAAAAUAAUGAUACGAUCGUUCCGUCAAGACAAUAAAGACACUUAUUCAUCGGAAACUUUGAAACGUGUCGAGUAUUUAUUGAAAUUACAUGGCAUGGAGACUAGAGAACUCAUUCAUCAGUUCCAUUUAGAAAGGUGGCAAGAACAACAGACUAUACAGGAGCCUAAGAUGGGCAUGCUGACUGUUAGAGCGCAGUUCGUAGAUGACAUUUUAAAGAUUGAGAUUAUGAAUGCAAGGAAUUUGACUCCGGCUGACUCAAACGGCCUCUGCGAUUCGUAUGUUCGAGUGGCCUUACUUCCUGAAGAUUCUUUCGCCAACGUACAGAAGCCAAAAACACAAACUCAUAACAAGAAUUUGUUCCCGCUAUAUGAUGAAAUAUUCCAAAUCCCCCUAUCACCAGAGCAGCGGCGACUGACAGACGGUCUGAUCCACUUAGUGGUCAAGGAUAAGGAUAUGUUCAGCGUGAGCAACACGUUCGUGGGCGAAGCAUACUUACACUUCAGCGAGGUGCCAGACACGCCCGCACCCAUCUCCAGUCUGCCGCAGCAGUUACUGCCGCUCUCCAGACCUACUAGUAUAGACGGCGAAGCAAUCAAAGCUCUAGAAACUCGUCAAGGGGACAGACAAGCUCGAGACUUCGUUAAGAAACAAAGAGCUAAGUUCCCGAGCACAAAGCAAUUCUUCUCACUUGGCUGAGAACCUUCCUAUACCUGUAGAUUAGAAUUAAAUAAAAUGGUGUAUUUAUUUGAGUUGUAGAUAGCAGGAUCGUGUAUGGGCCCCAAUUAAGUAAUUUGCCCUUAGUUAGGUACGCUGACUUCAAGAGAAUAUUGUUUUGCGUCAUGGAAAUAUAUUUCAACAAAUACGCAAAAUCUAUGAUGCAUUGCGUUCUUCAGCAUAAUUUAUGCAGAUAUCAAAUAGCAUUAUGUCAUCGAUAUUUUAUGCAUCAACUUGUUAGUCUAGAUAUGUCAGCUCAUGCAUUUAUUUAUAGUAGUCGAUGGACUACUAUAAAUAAAUGCAUGACGCCUACUAUAUGCGACUCAGAUUGUAUCCCUCGACUGUAUAUAAAAUUGCUUGCUUUUAACGCACAAUAGAAGCUCUAGGCUGUGGUAUUAAGGUCUGUUUCCCUUGGUUUCUGAAAGGUGUUCAAUAUGGUUAAUAAGGUCGUGUUUGUAAUUGGUUGAUCUUACAUAGAGAAAAGCUGGACCGGCAAAAGUUUAAGGUGCUAACAUUGUGUUAUCCGUCGCCAUUUUCGAUUGUAACUAACUUAUUUAAAUGCGUACAUAAUCGAGAUCUGGAGUAAAACUACACAAGUGGUUUAUUUAUCAGAUAUUCUAUCGAUUAUUACCCCAGUUAAAAUUUUUCGUAUUAAUUGUCAUCGUUUUCGAGAACGUCAUUCGAAACUUUAAAAGGUGCAUAUCACAUUGAUAAUUCCCCAGCUUUUGUGUCUCCUCCUCAAGUACGAACAUCUUUUCAGAAAUAAUGUGGCAACAGUCUUAUAUUAAGUUAUACUUAUUUAAAUCCUAAAUUGGUCUGAAAACGUUUCGAUACCACGUGAGGUGUGUAUGUUUGGAUAUUGUUUAAAUACUCCUAUUUUCUGUCAAAUCAGUAAUGAUAAUAAUUUAUAUAAGCCUGCCAUUAUUAUAUUAUGUUAGUUAAUAUGCGUAACUGUGGUAUAUGUAGCUCCUAAAUAAUAAUAUAUCUAUAUUAUUUAUGUACCAAUAUUUUCCUAUAAACAUUAUGUAAUAAUCGAGCUUUUGCUGUUCAUCACUUCAUGAAAUCACUAUUUAAAAAAUCAAGAAUUCAGACGUCAUUUUUGUACUUUGUAGUAAUCAAUUAAAUAUAUACAUAAAGGCCGCUGUAUUUAAUUUGUAUGAAUCAAAGCAAUACUUUUAAAGCAAUAAUUUUAAUAUGAACGGUGUUGCAUUGCCAUUUGAUCGUACGAUUAAAAUCGCGUGUUUAAUUCAGUAAUAAUAAUAAAGUCAAAGCAAUAAAUUAGUUUUUUAGAUUCUAUUUUGUUUGAUAAUAAAACAAAAUAUUUAUUAAUUUGUGAGCCUAGUCCCACAAAUAUGUGUAAAGUCCAGGUAAGUACAAUAUUUUGAGAUUUAUAUUAUCUGUAGAGGGAUAAAAUAAUGUUCUAUACAGAAUCGUGACACUUUAAUAGCUCGUGUGUAGCCCUUAAUGUUCGUGAGUCACGGAAUUUGAAUCUCAAGGGUCUCCACGUAGGAACAAUAAAUUAUCAUUAUCAUACAUUUUCCUAGUGGUAGGAAUUCUCUUACCAGAGUUUUAGAUCUCAUCGCAUCAACAUCAUAAUAAUAUUUUUAUACCAGUAAACAGAAAUUUAUUGUUACUACUGACUGCUUUAUUGUUUUGGAAGAUAGUGAAUGCAAUAAUUUAUGUGAAACUUAUACUUUUUGUAUGGAAUUGGUUUGGAGUUUGGCUCGUAAGAUUCUUAUUAGUUGUCUAUGUAACUAUUCGGAAUCUCUUUUUUAAAUUUAAAUAUUUAUUGCACUAUAAUAGCUGUCAAAAACCUUUUUUUGUUUUCUAUAAAUUGGUUAUUGUGUGCUAAACGUGUAUAUGUCUAGGUGAUCUUCUCUUGUUUAUAAAUUGUAGCGAAUCAAGUACAUUUAUAAAUGUUCGUGUUGGUACUUUUUAUACUGUUGUGUAAAGUAAUAAGCGAUUAUAGGUGUGUAGAAAUUUUAUAGACGUUGUAUUCUGUGAUAAAGAGAAGUGCCUUAUUUGUUUUCGAGUCUGUAUUUAUUCAUGUAUAAACUUUAAAUAAAUAACAGAAGCAUGUAAUGCAACCUAUUUUACUUUAACUGUUUUUUUUUCUCAACACUGAGUAAAUGAAAGAACUAUUUCUGUAUGUUUGUUUAUAUUUAUUUGCCAAUAAAAAUAUUGUAUAAAACUA